AUGUCUGCCAGUUGCUAUGCUAGAAAAUGCCCCUCCGUGCCAGCGAUCUCUCUCUGCUCCACUGAGGUGAGCUGUGGAGGGCCUGUGUGCCUGCCCAGCUCCUGCCGGAGCCAGACGUGGCAGCUGGUGACUUGUCAAGAUAGCUGCGGGUCAUCGAGCUGUGGUCCACAGUGCUGCCAGCCCUGCUGUCCCAUGAGCAGCUGUGCCCAACCCAUGUGCUGCGAGAGCACCAUCUGUGAGCCUUCUUGUUCCAUGAGUAGCUGCGCCCAGCCCGUGUGCUGCGAGACCACCAUCUGUGAGCCUUCCUGUUCCGUGAAUAGCUGCACCCAAACUGUGUGCUGUGAGCCUGUCAUGUGUGAGCCUUCUUGUUCCGUGAACAGCUGCUGCCAACCCGUGUGCUGUGAGGCCACUUCCUGCCAACCAGUUCUCUGUGUGCCCAGCUGCUGCCAGCCAGUCGUCUGUGAGCCCAGCUGCUGUUCAACUGUCUGCACUGUGCCUAGUUCCUGCCAACCCAUGGUCUGUGAGCCCACUUGCUGUCAGCCGGUGUGCCCGACGCCCAGCUGCUGUCCCUCUGUCUGCCCUGUGGACAGUAGUUGCCAGGCUGUCUGCUGUGACCCCAGUCCUUGUGAGCCACCUUGCUCUGAGCCCAGCGUCUGCCAGCCAGCUGCCUGUGUGGCUCUGGUCUGUGAGCCCAUUUGUCUCCGCCCUGUCUGCUGUGUCCAGAGUCCUUGCGAGCCACCCUGCAUCCCCAGCACUUGCCAAGAGCCCUCUUGUUGCAUCUCCAGUGUCUGCCAACCCCUCUGCUCUGAGCCCAGCUCCUGCUCCCCAGCAGUCUGUGUGUCCAGCCCGUGCCAACCUACCUGCUAUGUAGUCAAGCGCUGUCCUUCUGUCUGCCCCGAGCCAGUUUCCUGCCCACCUACCUCCUGCCGACCUCUCUGCUGCCGUCCAGGGUCUUCUGCAUCAGCCAUCUGCCGCCCAACACCCCCUCGGACCUUCUACAUACCUAGUUCCUGUAAACAGCCUUGCAGUGCUGCGGUUUCUUAUCGCCCAAUUUGCCGUCCCAUCUGCCGCCCUGUCUGCUCUGGGCUCAUCACCUACCGUCAGCCGUACGUGACAUCCAUCUCCUACCGUCCUGCCAGCUACCGCCCGUGCUAUUCCAUCCUGCGCCGCCCGGCCUGCCUCACUUCCUGCUCCUACCGCCCUGUCUGCUCCCACCAGCCUUGUGCUGAGUCCAAUGCUUGCAAACGGGAUUGCAAAAAGUCCACUUCAGGCCAGCUGGAUUGCACCGACUCAAGCCCCUGCAAGGCAGAAGUCUCAGAGGAGGGACCCUGCCAGCCCUCUGAGGCCAAACCCAUCAGCCCAGCCACCCGUGAGCUUGCUGCCAGCAAGCCUGCCAACUGCUGA